GAUUAUUCAUAACGAAACAAUUCCCUAUGAAUCGCGCGCCACCUAUAAUGCAGCGGGGAAAUUUCAGGAGCAAAACAACUGAAUGAUUAACAAUGAAUUUAUUUGGUGGAUCAUCAACUGGGUCUUUUGGUGGAGGCUCCUUGUUUGGAGGUAACCAGCAAGUGGUGGUGAACUAUAACCCUAUGAAGGAUGUGGAGGUAGCCUCUCCACCAGAUGACAGUGUCAGUUCUCUCCAGUUCAGCCCAGGGACGCUAACUUCUACAUUUCUAGUGGCUGGAAGCUGGGAUAACAAUGUUCGGUGCUGGCAGGUAGAACAGAAUGGCCAGACAAUACCCAAAGCACAACAGACACAUACGGGGCCCGUGCUGGAUGUGGCAUGGAGUGAUGAUGGCACAAAAGUUUUUACUGCCUCUUGUGACAAAACAGCAAAAAUGUGGGAUUUGGCAAGCAACCAAGCCAUGCAGAUAGCCCAGCAUGAUGCUCCCAUUAAAACUAUCCACUGGAUCAAAGCCCCGAGUUAUAGCUGUGUGAUGACUGGCAGCUGGGAUAAAACAUUAAAGUUCUGGGAUACUAGGAGUCCCAAUCCAAUGAUGACUAUAAACCUUCCUGAAAGAGUUUACUGUGCAGAUGUGCACUACCCAAUGGCAGUUGUAGGCAUAGCUGGCAGAGGUAUCAUCAUAUAUCAACUGGAGAACCAGCCAAGAGAAUAUAAGACAAUGGAUUCCCCUCUCAAAUAUCAGGUUAGACAUGAAAUGCCCAACAACAGGAAGAAAAAGUAA